AUGCAUACUGCCGUGCUAUUAACUAGCCUCGUUGGCAUUGCCAAUGCUGCUUGCCCUUAUAUGACAGGUGACCUGCCUGCUGACUCUCUCCACCGUCGUGAGAAUGGAGAUGCCUCGGCCGACACUGAAGAUUUCCUUUCCCAAUUUUACCUUAAUGAUGAAAAUGCUUUCAUGACUUCGGACGUCGGAGGUCCCAUUGAAGACCAGAAUAGUCUCAGUGCAGGAGAACGUGGACCAACACUACUCGAAGAUUUUAUUUUCCGACAAAAGAUUCAGCGCUUCGAUCAUGAACGGGUGCCAGAACGUGCUGUCCACGCUCGCGGAGUUGGAGCCCACGGAACAUUCACAUCAUACGGCGAUUGGUCAAACAUAACAGCCGCAUCAUUCCUCUCAACGAAAGACAAGGAAACUCCCAUGUUUGUCCGUUUCUCAACCGUCGCCGGAAGCCGAGGAAGUGCCGAUACAGCUCGCGAUGUGCACGGGUUUGCAACAAGAUUCUACACCGACGAAGGAAAUUUCGAUAUUGUCGGAAACAACAUCCCCGUCUUCUUUAUCCAGGAUGCAAUCCUGUUCCCUGACCUGAUUCAUGCUGUCAAACCCAGUGGUGACAAUGAGAUUCCUCAGGCUGCGACAGCGCAUGAUUCGGCAUGGGACUUCUUCAGUCAACAAGCCAGCUCUUUGCACACUUUGAUGUGGGCGAUGGCUGGACAUGGUAUCCCAAGAUCCUUCCGUCAUGUUGAUGGAUUUGGCGUGCACACUUAUCGAUUUGUUACUGAUAAGGGGGCCUCCAAGCUGGUGAAGUUCCAUUGGAAGACUCUCCAGGGUAAGGCGAGCUUCGUUUGGGAGGAGGCUCAGCAGACUGCUGGAAAGAAUGCGGACUUUAUGCGUCAGGAUCUAUGGGAUGCCAUUGAGGCCGGUCGCUAUCCUGAGUGGGAGCUGGGUGUUCAAAUUAUGGACGAAGAAGACCAACUUCGGUUCGGCUUUGAUCUUCUCGACCCGACCAAGAUCGUUCCAGAGGAAUACGUCCCCGUCACUAAGCUGGGCAAGAUGACACUAAACCGCAACCCAAGAAACUACUUCGCGGAGACAGAGCAGGUCAUGUUCCAACCAGGCCACAUCGUCAGAGGCGUGGACUUCACCGAAGAUCCCCUCCUCCAAGGCCGUUUAUUCUCCUACCUCGACACCCAGCUAAACCGACACGGCGGUCCAAACUUCGAACAACUCCCCAUCAACCGACCCAGAGUCCCAAUCCACAACAACAACCGCGACGGCGCAGGACAAAUGUACAUUCCUUUAAACAAGGACGCAUACACACCCAACACACCAAACAACGGCUCCCCGAAACAAGCGAACCAAACAGUCGGCAACGGCUUCUUCACAACACCCGGUCGUACCACGAGCGGUAAACUGCUUCGCACCGUUAGCUCAUCAUUCACCGAUGUCUGGUCCCAGCCGCGUCUAUUCUGGAACUCUCUCGUCGCAGCAGAGAAACAAUUCGUCGUUGACGCGAUGCGCUUCGAAAACGCCAACGUCGUCAGCUCAGUCGUUCGCAACAACGUCAUUAUCCAGCUCAAUCGAAUCAGUCAUGAUCUCGCUACUCGCGUAGCAGAGGCUAUUGGCGUUGAUGCCCCGGACGCCGAUCCAACAUACUACCACCACAAUACCUCGGCGCAUAUCGGGGCAUUCGGACGGAAGCUCCAGAAGGUAGAGGGAUUGAAGGUUGGAUUCCUUGCAUCUGUCAAGAAUGCAUCAACUCUUGCACAGGGCUCUGCACUACAGGCACAACUUACAUCGGUCGGUGUUGAUGUUUUUGUUGUCGGUGAGAGGAUGGCUACAGGCGUGAACCAGACAUAUUCCGCGUCUGACGCGACGAAUUUCGAUGCUGUGAUUGUUGCUGAUGGAGCAGAGGCACUAUUCGGAUCACGAUCUUUGACUGCAUUGCAGAAUAAGGCUGGGGCCACUUCGUUGUAUCCGGCUGGUCGGCCUUUGGAUAUCCUUGUUGAUGCGUUUAGAUUCGGAAAGCCUGUUGGUGCUGUUGGGAAGGGAGGCUCUAGUGCGCUUCAGGCUGCGCAGAUUUCAUCUGAUCGGGAGGGUGUUUAUGUGGAGAAUGUAGUUGGCGACGCGCUUGCGAAGGAUAUUCACGAUGGAUUGCGAACAUUUAAGUUCUUGGAUCGAUUUGCGCUGGACGCGUAA